AUGCGAAUUCCGGACGGGUGGGCUUUCUCGCCGGUCGAGCGGGCGCUGGUCAUCGCCGUGCCGGUGAAGCACGGGUUCCAGCAGUUCAUGCAGGUGUACAACGACACAACGAGCGGCAGGACGAUAGUCUCCGGCUACAGCAUCGACGUGUUCGAAGCGGCCAUCAAGGCACUGCCCUACCCGGUGUACUACCAGUACGUGCCCUACUACGGCAUCGGCAAUGCGAGUUCAUCCUCUUACGACCAGAUGAUAGACUUGAUUCCCGAGGAGAAAGCCCAUGCGGUCGUCGGCGAUGUGUCCAUCACCGUGGGCAGGAUGGCGGAGGCGGACUUCACCAUGCCGUUCACCGAAUCGGGGUGGUCCAUGGUCGUGGCGGUGCAGGCGCAGGAGGCCACGUGCAUGUUCUUCUUCCUCAAGCCGCUCACGCCUGGGCUCUGGCUCGCCAGCCUCGCCGCCUUCAUCUUCACCGGCUUUGUCAACUGGGUGAUCGAGCACCGGAUCAACCCCGAGUUCCGAGGCACGCCGCUGCAGCAGUUCGGCAUCAUCUUCCACUACGCCUUCUCUACCCUCAUCUUCGCGCACAUCUCGUUGGUGUGGGUGGUCUUAUCCUUACCACGGAUGAUGCCUGCGGCGGCAGCAGAUGGGCAAGGAGGAGAGCACUGCCCGCCCAAGCUAUGCGGCAACGUGACCAUCUCCUUCCCGUUUGGGCUCAUCCCGCAGGGCGCCAAGCAGACCAACUGCGGCGGCGGGAUUGGGUUCCAGGUUCGUUGCCGUAACAACCACCCACCACGCCUCGGAUACUAUCAGAGCGAGGUCAUCUUGCAGAUCCUCAGAAUCUUUUACCACAACCGCUCCUUGCUCAUCGCCGAUAGACCACUCGUGCAGCCAUAUUUUGAUUUGUCUAGCCACGACGGCUGCCGAAUCCCGGCGGCUAACACCUCCUCCGUACUGGUUCCUCCGCUCUCGGUUAGUCCCGUCAAUCAGAACCUCAUCUUCUACAAUUGCACCAAGCCGCCGUCGCCAGGUGGUGUGGACCUCGUGGAGACGGUGUGCCACACCAACACGUUUGUUCGUGCCGCCGAUGGGCGUUCCGACGAGUCAGCCGGCAGCUACUUUUUGGAAGGCUGCACCGUUGCCAUGGUGCCAGUGCUUGGAGUAUCUGGCAAGGUGAACGCUAGCAACUACCAGCAACUCGUCUGGGACGGCUUCCUCGCGACAUGGCAGUGGAUGCCGCCGCCGUCAGUUUCAAUUUCAGUAGCUGCAAGCUUGCUCCUACCAUGUAUAUAUGUGUUGGUAUGGCAUAGGCAAAAACUAAGGUUUUUCCUAUGCAAGAAGACUAGCAACACCAUAGAAGAGAACAUUGAGGCCCUAAUAUUAGCACAUGGAUCACUUGCUCCAAAAAGAUACAAGUACUCAGAAGUAACAAAGAUAACAUCCUCCCUUAAUAAUAAGCUUGGGGAAGGUGGUUAUGGCAUGGUUUUCAAAGGAAGGUUAGAUGACGGUCGUCUAGUUGCGGUGAAAUUGCUGCAUGACUCCAAAGGUGAUGGCGAGGAGUUUGUUAACGAGGUUAUGAGUAUUGGCAGGACAUCACACAUUAAUAUUGUUAGCUUAUUUGGGUUUUGUUUGGAAGGCUCAAAGCGGGCCCUAAUAUAUGAGUAUAUGCCAAAUGGUUCUUUGGAUAAGUACAUAUACUCAGAGAAUCCCAAGGCAGUUUUAGGAUGUGACAAGCUCUAUACCAUAGCAAUUGGGAUUGCUCGAGGGUUGGAAUACUUGCACCAUAGUUGUAAUACACGCAUAGUCCAUUUCGAUAUCAAGCCUCAAAAUAUCCUUCUGGAUCAGAACUUGCACCCAAAGAUUGCUGAUUUUGGUUUGGCCAAGUUAUGUCGUACCAAGGAGAGCAUGCUUUCUAUGACUGGUGCUAGAGGUACACCUGGGUUUAUAGCUCCUGAAGUGCACUCUCGAACCUUCGGAGUUGUUUCAACAAAAUCAGAUGUUUAUAGUUAUGGAAUGAUGUUGCUAGAGAUGGUUGGAGGCCGAAAAAAUGUUAAAUCAGUGGCUCAAGAGUCAAGUGAAAAGUAUUUUCCACAUUGGAUUUAUGACCACUUUGGUCAAGAGGAUGGAUUAAAGACAUGUGAAAUAACACGUGAAAACGAAGAAAUCGCCAGAAAAAUGAGUGUGAUUGGCCUAUGGUGCAUUCAAAUAUUACCAAUGCAUCGUCCUACCAUAGGAAAGGUCUUGGAAAUGUUCGAGAGAGGUUUAGAUGAACUGGACAUGCCACCAAGGCAAAACUUCAGUCAAAUAUUCAACGAUCCAGCUUGCAGUUUGAAUGCAGAAAGUUCGAGCAUGAUUAUUAGUGGUACGAAAACACAAGUUUCUAGUGAACUGCUAAAGAUGAAGGAGAUAAGCGUUGUGCAUUCAAAAAUCUUACAACGGUUACCAACUCUAUGA